UCAUUGCCGCCGUUAAGACCAACGCCGAGAAGAAGACGAACAAAUGCUCCACAGUUUCCCCAAAGCAAGAUGGCGGUGCAGGAGACAGCAGCUCAACUCUCUAUGGCCCUAAAGGUGCAAGAAUAUCCAACUUUAAAGGUUCCUUAUGAAACCUUGAACAAGCGCUUCCGAGCAGCUCAAAAGAACAUAGACCGGGAGACCAGUCACGUGACGAUGGUGGUGGCAGAGCUGGAGAAAACACUCAGUAACUUUCCAGUGGUGGAUACCGUAGUCUCUCUCCUGGAUGGGGUGGUUGAGAAGCUCAGCGCCCUCAAGAGAAAGGCGGCUGAGUCUAUCCAAGCAGAAGACGAGAGCGCUAAGUUAUGCAAGCGACGCAUAGAGCACCUGAAGGAACAUAGCAGCGACCAGCCGGCCAGCGCCAACGUUUGGAAGAAGAAGCGCAUGGACCGCAUGAUGGUGGAACACUUACUACGAUGUGGCUAUUACAACACUGCAGUCAAGCUAGCAAGACAAAGUGGGAUUGAGGAUUUGGUGAACAUAGAAAUGUUUCUUACUGCAAAAGAGGUUGAAGAGUCUCUUGAACGUCAGGAAACGGCUACCUGCCUGGCUUGGUGCCACGACAACAAGUCUCGCUUACGGAAAAUGAAGAGCUGUUUGGAGUUCAGUUUAAGGAUCCAGGAAUUUAUUGAACUCAUUCGACAAAACAAACGAAUGGAUGCAGUAAGACAUGCACGCAAACACUUCAGCCAAGCAGAAGGAGGGCAGUUGGAUGAGGUACGGCAAGUGAUGGGCAUGCUGGCGUUUCCCUCAGAUACGCACAUCUCACCGUAUAAGGAUCUUUUGGAUCCGGCUCGCUGGAAAAUGCUGAUCCAGCAAUUCAGAUAUGACAACUACAGAUUACACCAGCUGGGGAACAACUCUGUGUUUACCAUUACCCUGCAGGCAGGGCUGUCCGCCAUCAAAACCCCGCAGUGUUAUAAAGAGGAUGGCACUUCCAAAAACCCAGACUGCCCUGUCUGCAGUAAGUCGCUGAACAAAUUGGCUCAACCUCUUCCCAUGGCGCACUGUGCAAACUCAAGGCUGGUGUGCAAAAUCUCUGGCGAAGUCAUGAAUGAGAACAACCCACCCAUGAUGCUGCCUAAUGGCUAUGUUUAUGGAUACAAUUCUCUCUUGUCCAUUCGUCAAGAUGACAAGGUGGUAUGCCCCAGGACCAAAGAGGUGUUCAACUUUUCCCAGGCCGAGAAGGUUUAUAUUAUGUGAUGCGAGCGCCACUAAACCUCUGGAACGUUACUUCUCGGAGCCAUCGUAGGCUGGGUGAAUCUCAUGUUGACGUCAUUUGUCCAAGGGUGUCAAUCCUGUGGCCCUUAUUCCAUGCAAUGAAAUUCAUUGACAAUAUGCCCUUGUCCUCAACCGGCCUACAAGACCUUUUCUGAACUGAUUGUUCCGAAUCACAAUGGAGUUGUUCUGCGAGAAACAGACUUGUGUGAUGAGGGAUUUUUUUUUGUGUAUGGUGUUUUUAAACUGGUUCAUAGUCUGGCAUUUAUUUAACUUUUCAAUAGCAUAAAACAAACCGACACAACUCCAUUUCAAUUUAUCUCAAAGGAGCUUCUGCCUUGUAGUGUGUUAACAAAAUGAAUAAUUCAUUUGUUUUUUGAACAAGGGCACCCAUUUAGGUCAUUAUUUUUAGAUAGAUUGUGAAUAGGUAGUUGUAGGGAACACUCUGAUGCCUUGCUUUUGCACCUGUGAAAUCUGUGACAUGCAUUUAUGUUAAUAUUAUAUUUUGACUGAUAUCCUCAGUUAAUGAGGUAACGUUAAAAAAGCUGUA